AACUCAGAAAUAGGUGACUGAACGCCAAAGAAUUUGAAAGACUUCUGGAAGAACAAAUCUAGUUUCCACAAGAUCAAAUCUGUAUUAAAUGGCUGAUAAACAGAUCAGUUUACCUGCCAAGCUGAUCAAUGGAGGGAUAGCUGGGCUAAUUGGGGUCACCUGUGUAUUUCCUAUUGACCUGGCAAAAACUCGCCUACAGAAUCAGCAGAAUGGCCAUAGAAUGUACACAAGCAUGUCUGACUGCCUUAUCAAGACAAUCCGUUCCGAAGGGUAUUUUGGCAUGUACAGAGGGGCUGCAGUGAAUCUGACACUAGUGACUCCAGAAAAAGCCAUCAAACUAGCUGCCAAUGAUUUCUUCCGGCAUCAUCUGGCCAAAGAUGGGAAGAAGCUGACCCUGAUUAAGGAAAUGCUGGCUGGCUGUGGGGCAGGGACCUGCCAGGUGAUUGUCACCACUCCCAUGGAGAUGCUCAAAAUCCAGCUGCAGGAUGCAGGCCGAAUUGCUGCUCAGAAGAAGCUAAUGGCCGCACAAGCUCAGUUAAACCCUUCCACUGGUGCUGGGGCAGCAGAGUCUGUUGUGGAGACACGGACGACAGCAAUGCAAAUCACAAGGGACUUGCUUCGGAGCAAAGGCAUCGCAGGACUUUAUAAGGGACUUGGCGCUACAUUGCUAAGGGAUGUACCGUUUUCCAUUGUUUAUUUUCCAUUGUUUGCAAACCUGAACAAACUAGGGCAGACAACCCCGGAUGUCAAGGCUCCAUUCUAUGUGUCCUUCCUUGCUGGGUGCCUGGCUGGCAGCACGGCAGCUGUAGCAGUGAAUCCUUGUGAUGUAAUCAAGACAAGAUUGCAGUCCUUGCAGAGGGGGGUCAACGAGGACACAUACUCAGGGAUCAUAGACUGUGCCAGGAAAAUCUGGCGGAAUGAAGGUCCCACAGCCUUUUUGAAGGGGGCAUAUUGCAGAGCCCUGGUCAUCGCCCCACUCUUUGGUAUUGCACAAGUUGUGUAUUUCAUCGGCAUUGCUGAAUAUUUCCUAGACAUGCUUCCAAUGCGCCGGGAUUAACCCCUCACACCUCUCCCCAUCCAAUUGGAAUUCAUCAUAGUAUUCUUUGUCACCGUGCUAUCAGAGCAACAGCACAAGAAGUUAAAACAGUAAUGGGGGGGGAAUGAAUGUUGUCUCCAAACCAAGUCCCCCCCCUCCAGUCAACAUGGCCUCACCAUUAUGCCAGGGAAGAUACCUGAUUAUGCAUAUCUCCUUUCUAAUUAUCAAUCUCAAAAGACACUGGUUAGCACAGACUGUCUUACAGACCUGCUUUUUCUCCUCUUGGCUAGGGGAGAAUGACCAACAAAUCAAGAAAGAGCAAAGGACUUUCCUCCCCCACCCCCACCCAUUCUUGGUUUCAGGCCUCUGGGGAAGCCAAGGGGCUGCUAUCCAUUAAAGGGAGGCCAGUUUGACAUUCGAAAAGGCGGGUAAUUUCUGAAAUAAAAAUGUUUUGUUUUCAUGUAGGUCUCCUAAACAUCCCUCUCCUAAAUUAGCUGGACUGAAGUGAACUCUUUGGAUAUCAAAGGAGGAGGGGAAAGGGAAAGGCGCAUUUUGUAUUUAGAAUUUGUGAAAGGGACUGCCUUCCUGAAUGAGUGUGCGCAGGUGAAAUGUAGUCCCUGCAGAUGUGCACUCAACUGCUAAGGAGCUGCAUCUGUGGAAACACAGUGCUGUCCAGUGUCGCGAACUAGCUGAGCCAUUGUGAUAGGGAAGAACUGAAUAAUUUUGGGAUCAAUUUUUUUUAAUAAAAAAAAAUCAUGCUGGAUUUAAAACAAAAAAUACCCCAACCCAGUGAUACAUUCCUUUCAAUCAGCCUAGUUGAUGCUGGUAAUGCUGCUGUUCCACCCAGUGUUUCGGUUGUCUGUGUUUUGACCUGUACCUCUAUUCCUUUCCUGUUUCCCUCUGGGAGCACAAAUAAUGCCAAAGGGUUACUUAGGGAAAGCUGAUCUCUGAUGUGGCUGUAAACACUGCAAAAUGCCAGAUGGCAUAGAAAGACUUAGCUUAUCUGAAGUCAGUGGAAAUAAUCUUGCACAUUUCUUGAGGUUCAGUUGCACCGAAGUCAAAGAAUUAUGCUAUAUUCACGCCAGUUCAGAUACCAGUUCUUUACUGGCCUGCAAUGAUAAUUUUUUAAGGGUGCCAGCUAGUUUUCCUAUUCAGACCAAAACUGACAGCAGAAGGUGGUUUGUUAACCUCCACAGGGCUCUCCAUAUCUCUUAUGUUCUCUCUCAGAGAUAGAAGCCUGGUUUUCUUCUGUUUGUUUCAACAGUUACUCUUCCAUCAGAGCAAAGUAACCUAAGCAUCAAAAUCAAUGCUAAUUCUGGUAAUUUCCCCUUUAUUUCUAUUCCCUGCUUCUCAGGUGCUGACACAGUGCUGCCUGUAACAUUGCAGGGAAAUAUUUUAUAUUUUUUAAAAAAUCUAUUAAAGUUUUGCAAAUUCCCUUUUUUUUUGAGGGGGUGGGGCAGUCUGAUUUUGGAGGAUAGCAUGUUUAAGAGACAUUCCCCCCUCCUGCAACUUGGACUUUGUCUUCUUGUUGCUGCGCCUCAAUACUUCCUAUAUCCCAUUCCAAAGAAAUGAAAUGAAUUAGGUAUGCAGAUGGUGUGGCCCUUGGAGAUGUCUUAAAUGUUCCGAAUGCCCAUGUCACUGUUGGCUAGGGUAGCCAGACGCAGAAGAGGAAAGGAACUCUGCACCUUGAAUAGUAGAAGAGGGAAGCAUCAGCAGAUGUUUCUUGUUAUGAAAGCUGCACCUGUUGUGACAUUCCCUCUUCUACACAAAUAUUAAAGGUACAGGAGCCCCUCUCUUGUCUUACAUCUGGCCUCCUGUUGUUGGACCCUUUGAGUUAGCAGGGGGAGAUGUUUUAUUUAUUUUAAAAAUAUGGCACUUUUUACUUUUUCAUCGUAUGAAAACAAGGCCUGAAGAAUGUGGGGUUUUAAAGCAUGGUUUCCUUGCUUAUAUUGAAAAUUAAAUGUUAGAAUCAUUACGUUUUAGAAGACUGAUUGUCGGACUGAUGGUGCUGACUCACAAAAUAACAGAAAGAAAUUGCUGGAACUGGUUUAUAAUAGGAGCUGCAUCUAAUAAUUUAAUUUGCCUCAUUUCAUGCUGCUUUUUCAUCACUGUAAGUCCUUGUUUACUUUCACAUCUAAUCAUCAUUUUAAACUCUAUUGCAAUGUCUGUCUUGCUUAAAUGACCAAAUGCCACUUUGAAAGAGGAGGCCUUAAAGGACUCGCUGCUGCUGCUGCCACCGCUGUCACCACAUGUCUGAGCCCACCAUAAGACUACAGGUUCUCUGUCAAGGCCUGGAACAUCUGCACUGAUGUGCUUUGGUAUUUCUGAAGUAGAAAUCAAACAAUGAUUUAGUGUUUUAAGAAGCACAAUCUUCAGGAUUAGUUUUUUGCACUUUAAAAAGAAAGAGCAGCGGGGACCUCAUUUUAAAAGCAACCCCUUGCAAGAAAACUUUUUUUAACAAUACUUUUGUCACAUGAAGAAAAACUGAAGUGGUACCCAAAAUGUAAUCUAAUGGUGUGUGAGAGAUUUUAUGGUUUGAAGCUUUAUUUUAAUGACAGGUGAACCUUUGUCCAGGUGAAAACAAGGGUUUAUGUAAAAAUACUGAUAAAAAGAAAAUAUCUGUGCCUAAAUAAAACAGGCUCCAGUUAGCAAUGCUACCACUAAGGCAGCUGCUGCUUGCUUGCCAGGAGAUUUUCCUGCUGAGAUGUGGCUCAGCACUGUUGCUAGUAAAGGGAAAAGGCACUACUUGUUUUUUGCAUGAAUACUCCUAAGCCCCGAUUUUAGUAUAGCAUGACCAAGCUAAUAAAGCAGAGUAGUGUUGUUUUCCAGUCCUUCAUACUAGCUGUCAAUUGAAAUGUUUAAUGCUGGCAUUCUUAUUGCUGCAAACUUAGAAUAUGUCCACAUUUCAGACACACAUCGUUCAAACAUGUUGAAUUAAACAUUUAAAAUGUUUGUGGUGCUUCAGCAGUGUAGAUAAAGCUUUAUUACUUUUCAUAUUCAAUUUUAUUGUGAGUUUUCAACAUAAGAUAACAAUAAGAAACCAAACUAAUCUAAAGAAAGAUAAUGAUAAACAAGACAGGAAGCAGAAAUAAAGAAAAGAGGGGCGACACACACACACACACACACACACACACACACACACACAUAUAUAUAUAUAUAUAUAUAUAUACCAAGCCCUCUGUCACAAUUAUGUCUUGAUCCUUAUUCCACAUACAGAAGAGUUAACCCUCCCAGCUCUCACCUUAGAGCUUUCCCCUCUUCCAUCAGCUUCACAUCCUGAGGAAACCUCUCUGGCCUGCCUCUCGUGCACGUCCCUUCUAGAGAAAGCUCUGAGAGGCCCUUGUGUUUUCAUGGAACCACACGUCACUGGGUUCCUACUGAAGUUCCUACAGAAGCUGUGAAUCAUUUGAAUUUACCAUGUAGAGAUAGCCUAAAAUCAUGGCCUCCUAAGCUUCCUGGCUCCUAAGGGCUUAUUGGCCAGCAUGUCCACAGUCCACAUUAAGAAAGGAAGAAAGAAAAAAAAUCUAAUGAGGUCAUUUCAGGCAUAUCUGUGAGUGGUGGAAGUCUGCAAUUCAGUUCUUGCUCCUUUAGAUUAGGGCUUUCAAGCAGAAGGUCCAGAGGCCUUAUGGGGUCCUCUGAGGUCCAAGGAAUCCUAUUGUAGUCCAGAGCUACCGGUAAUUUGAGUUUGAUAGUGUAGCUAGUGAUCCUUCAGGUGUAGGGAGGUCUGUAUUACAACCCCAACACUUAUGCCAUAAACACAGAGCUAUCAAGCUCUGUGCAUGCCCUUCUAUUCUGAGUAAAUUUGGAGUAAUGCUUAGAUGUGUACUUGCAAUCACCAGUGUGAAUUAUAGUUCCCAUUCUAAUCAUAAUCGUGCACUGAAAUAAUAAAACCCACACUUUAGUCUCUCUUAACUACACUUUUGUAGUAGUAGUAAGGCUGGUUAAAGUCUGCUAAGGGGUAACAAGUAUCUUAGCCAUUCCAUGCUAACUGGGAAGCAAGCAGCUUUUGAGAACAAUAGCCCAUGCUUUAAAUAGGGAAUAGCGGCACCAAUCUGUAUCGGAGGUAAAAAGUUACAAGUUUUCAGUUCAGCAGAGUUCAAGGAAGCUCUAGAGACCAAAUGGUACAAAUAUCCUUCAAGAAAAAAAAUGAAAUGCUGAGCUCUUCAGUUUUAAAAAUGCCAGCCCUUCUAAAUCAAAAUGGGUACCUGGAAUGAAGUUGAGGAUCCUGAGGUCCACAUCCCAUGAUUCUCAAAUAUGCCAGUGAGGGAGAAUGUGCAUGACUUUUUUAUUAUAGAAAAAAGCUGUUAUGUGGUUACUUUUCUGAGUCAUUCCGUUGUGAAACUCCCCCCCACCCGUCCCAUGAAUGUUGCCCCAUGAGUGUUUAGCUAUGACUUAAAAUAAAUUUUGUUUUGGAUUGUUUAUCAGCAUAUGGUUAAAUAGAAAUUUUGCUGUAUGAGAAUGACUGGGAAUGUUGCAGUGCUGACAUUCUCUUUUCACGUGAUUGUAUGAACUCAUCUGAACAUGCAGUCUUCACUCGGGCAUGUUUCAGCCAAAAAUAAGGUCUGAGGCAAGAGUGCUGUGCAAAGUCCGGUGUGAGGUAAAAACAAGCAAACCAGAGUUUAGUUCUACCGUGUUUGUGUGUGUGUGUGUGUGU